GAAUAUCUACAGAUCUCUGCCUCCAUCCUAAAGCUCUGACUUCCUCCAUAACCUACAAAUCAGGUUUAAGCAAUCGAAAGAUGUCUUCUUUGAGAGUUGGGUAUGCUCAGAACAAGAGAUUUAGCUGCAGUUUAUCCAACGCAGAGAAUGUAUCACCACUUUCUAAGGAUGAUGGAAGAGGAAAGGAUAAAGCUUUGGUUAAGAUGUGUGGUAUCACAUCAGCGCGAGAUGCAGCUAUGGCUGUUGAAGCUGGUGCUGAUUUCAUCGGGAUGAUCAUUUGGCCGCAUUCGAAACGCUCCAUUUCUCUUUCUGUUGCUAAAGAUAUCUCCAGAGUGGCGAGAGAAGGUGGUGCUAAACCUGUUGGUGUUUUUGUUGAGGAUGAUGAGGGGACGAUACUUAGAGCAGCUGAUGAAGCAGACCUUGAACUUGUCCAGCUUCAUGGUAAUGGCUCACGUGCUGCUUUCGCGGGGUUAGUGCGGCAAAGGAGAGUCAUAUAUGUCCUUAAUGCUAGUGAGGAUGGAAAGCUCCUGAAUGAAGUUCCUGAGGAUUGUCAUCUUGCUGAUUGGAUUCUUGUGGAUAGUGCAACGGGUGGGAGUGGAAAAGGAUUUAACUGGGCUCAGUUCAAGUUACCUUCUAUCAAAAGCAGGCAUGGGUGGCUCUUAGCUGGAGGAAUUAAUCCCACAAACGUUUCAGAAGCUCUUUCUAUCCUUCAACCUGAUGGAAUUGAUGUUAGCAGUGGUAUUUGCGGUCCUGACGGCAUCCAGAAGGAUCAGUCUAAGAUAAGUUCCUUCAUUACUGCUGUUCACUCUGUGCAGUAUUAG